AUGCCUUCUCCGGUACCUGUCGCGACUCGUCCAAUUGACAAGCCCACCGUGGGCAGAAACAACUAUCAGCCGUUUGGGUUUCGUGAAGAAGUCCUACCCAAGGGUUGGAACAAAGAUGGCUCACGUCCUUUGCCAUGCGACAUCCAUACGUCUCACGACGUGGGUAUCCAGGUUCGCGAUGGCAGCACAUUAUAUUGCGACAUCUAUCGUCCUACAGACACCACCAAGCCUGUGCCCGCCAUCUUAGCAUGGAGCCCUUUUGGGAAGAAGUUCAAUGGAAUUAGCAUGCUGAAGUUCCUCCCCUGGGGUCUAGGGAUCCCUCAAGGCGUACUCAGCGGCUUGGAGAAAUUCGAGGGCCCUGAUCCAGCUGAGUUCGUGCCUCGCGGCUUCGCAAUCAUCAACGUGGACGCCCGUGGGUCUGGCGAUUCAGAUGGCACAGUUGGCAUCAUGGGCACCCAGGAAGCCGAGGACGGUUACGACGUGAUCGAGGCUGUGGCUAAGAUGCCCUGGUGCAAUGGAAAUGUUGGCCUGGCAGGAAACUCACACUUGGCCAUCGUUCAGUGGUUCAUCGCUGCGUUGCAGCCGCCAUCACUAAAAGCCAUUGCUCCUUGGGAGGCCUGUGGUGACCUCUAUCGAGAGCAAUUCGUACGGGGUGGCGUCUUCGAUGCUGGCUUGUUUGAUUUCAUCAUCGAUCAUAACAUCCAGGGUCACCGGGGUGUGGAAGACUUUCACGAGAUGUAUCGCCGAUAUCCAUAUGCGAACAGCGCAUACUGGAAAGAUAAACGACCAGACCUCAGCAAGAUCAGCAUACCCGCUUAUAUUACAGCCUCACACACCAGUUUCGUGCACACGAUGGGAUCACUGCGCGGAUGGCUCCAGACUCAGUCGUCCGAUAAAUGGCUGCGACUUUGUCCAUGGCAGGAGUGGUACGAUAUCUGGAAUUGCAAGGAAUCGGCUUCUGAGCUUGCGUCCUUUUUCGAUCGCUAUCUGAAUGGCACCGACAAUGGAUGGGAGAAAACACCCAGGGUACGGACUACCAUGUUGCGAUUCAAUAAAGAUCCGCUAUACAACAUCGCAGAGGAGGACUACCCGAUUCCACGCACCGAGUAUCGCAAGAUGUACUUUCACCCAGAAGGCCAUCUCAGCCACGACGCUCCCAGCACGGCUUCAUCGGUGUCAUACAACUCAGAGAAAUACCAAGACUGUGCGAGCUUCACCCACACUUUCACCAGUCGAACGAGGUUAGCGGGUAUUCCCAAAGCAGUGGUGUACAUGUCGUGCCCAGACUUUCAUGACCUCGACGUAUAUGUUUUGAUCAGGAAGCUUGACGCGCAAGGAAAGGCUCUGCUCAACCUUAACAUUCCGUGGUCAUCAAUAGCGAAAUUUGGUGUCAGCCCAGACAGUGUUGACAGCAUUUCUCCUCGGGAGAAGAACAAUCUCAUGUUCCAUGUCGGGUCCUUGGGGAUCUUGCGGGCUUCACGUCGAGCCAUUGAUCCGACCAGGUCAAUUCAUGAGAACUUCCCCUUUCACCCACAUGACCGCGACGAGUACAUCACUCCUGGAGACAUUGUGAAGCUCGAGAUCGGCAUAUGGGCAAUGGGAGUGGAGUAUGAGGCAGGGGAAAGUGUACGCGUCGAAGUGCAUGGGAACAGUCCAUUGCUGCGGGGAGAGUUCAAAGAAGAUGGGGAAUUCCAGGAACUGGCAUCCCAUGGAACACACGUGCUUCACUUAGGAGGUGAACAUUCUUCGCAUAUUGUUCUGCCAUUUACAUAUUAUUGAAAAGACAUUUUUGAAUUUAUUUGUUCUGUAACUAAACAUGGCCUGGGACGAUGCAGUAGAGCCCAAUCAUAGGCGCCAUCAGCACCAAUAAGGGUCAUAAAGCACCGCCGCUCCCCCAGGUAUAACACCACCAAGUAAUGUGUGAAUCAGAGAUGCCUUAAUCGCGUCCGUUAAGUAACAAGGUUGGUGUGCCGAACGCCUAUUUCAUCCCACUCUCAACCAGAACCCAUCAGCCCUUUAGCCCCGAAAGGAGAGCCAGAAGGGCUCCAGGAAGAGAGAUGGGUUCAUAUAGAACACACUAGGCUUUCAUCAUCUGCAGCAUCACGUUAGUAAAAGGCGAAUUGGUAGUCCAAGGUCAAAGGUAGC